AUGGGUGCUUUAGGAUGGCUCAAUGCCGCUGGUACUGGCGAUGCGACGAAGGCUAUGGAGAGGAAACUCGUUAUGAAGCUUGACCGUCAAGCUUUUGCCAAUGCCUACGUCGCUGGUUUACGGGAAGAUGUCAAUCUGCAAGGCAAUCAGUACAGCAUUCUGCUCUCGAUAUUCACUGCUGGCAUGGUCGUGGGCCAGAUUCCUCACGGUCUUAUCAUCCAGAAAGUCCGUCCUAGCAUCUGGCUUCCACUCACCCUCCUCUUCUGGUCAGGUCUGACCAUGUGUUCGGCCGCGUGCAAGACGUACGAACAACUGUGCGCAGUACGGUUCUUCCAGGGAUUAAUGGAGGCAAGUCUGUACAGCGGUACGAUAUACGUAUUGGGUUCAUGGUACAAGCCUUCCGAGAUCGCUAAGCGAACUGCUAUAUUUACUGCAGUUGGGCAGGUGGGAAGUAUGUUUGCAGGUAUCAUGAUGACGGCUAUGCAUAAGACCAUGGAAGGUAAAGGCGGCUUGAAAGGCUGGCAGUGGGUGUUUCUCAUCGACGGUCUGAUGGGGAUACCAGUUGGUCUUUUUGGCUUUUUCACAUUCCCGGAUCUCCCAGAGUCGACAAGGGUCACCUAUAUCAGUCAGCAGGAAAGGCAGUUAGCAAUUGAGCGCCUGCCACCUAAGAAGGCAAACACCCACAGCAUCGAGAUCAAAAGCCUUGCUAAGCGUCUUCUCUUGUCGCCAACCAUAUAUGUUCUCACAGCCUUUUCGGUCAUCUGUGCCAUGACCGAAGCUUUCGCCUUCCAGGGCAUGUUUCUUCUCUGGCUCAAACACAACAAAGCUCGCUUCUCUCAAUCCGCUAUCAACACCUACCCUCUCGGUAUUCAGGCUGUUGCGAUUGUCUCCCAGAUCUUUGCCGGAACCUUCAUCGACCGCACCGGUCAUCGCCUGCCCAUGGUCGUUUUCGCUGGGGUCAUGCAACUUGUCACUGCCUCCCUUCUGCUCGUGCGAGAUCUUCCAGAUGCAGGAAUAUUCACAGCGCACUACAUCAGUGGCACGAGUUUUAUCGUGAAUCCUGUUCUGUACGGCUGGGCUACAACAAUCUGCCAGAGAGCAGGUGACGAUGCGGUGAGGAGCGUGACACUGUAUACCAUGAAUCUCGGCGGACAGAUUUUGUAUACGUGGUGGGGUAUCGUCAUGUACCCAGCGACAGAUGUGCCGUAUUGGAAGAAAGGAAGCAUCACCAUGAUCGGCAAGUGA